AUGCAGUACGAGUAUUUGGAUGAAGAUUUCGAAAUGGAAAUAGAGAAACAGAGAAAACCAAAAAAGCAAAAAACAAGGAAAUACACCGUGGAGCAGAUUGACAACAAAUAUUCUUUAAGUUUUAAGCAAAUUCAAACUAACUAUGCUGAUCUUGAAGCAGAAGAUGAGUCGAACAGUGCGACAGUUGGGUUGGCCGUUGAAUCAAUUGAUCUUCAGACACAAGAUGGAUCUAAUAGAGAGUCUUGUGCGACAGUUGGGUUGAACGACGAAGUGAUUACACCUCCAACAGGAGAUGAAUCGAACAGUGCGACUGUUGGAUUGACCAUUGAACCGUUUAAAUUUAACACAGAAAUUGGAACUAACAGUGCGACUUGUGCGGCAGUUGGCCAGAACAUUGAAUCGAUUGCUACCUCAUCUACUCUACCUCACCUUGGUGAAGGCGAUAAUGCGGCUUUGAAAGCGUUGGUCGAAAACGUUUCGUUACUCGUAAAACUUCAAAAACAAACGUUUAAUUGUUUAUACACACAUCGAGAAGCUAUGGAUAAACGCCUCAAUCGAAUGGAAAAUACCUUGAAUGAAUUGGUACCAAAAAAAGAUGGGAGUGUCAAUGGAAGAGUUCAAUGAAACGAAUGAAUCCGUUACUGCAUGCAUUACAAAGAUUUUCAAAAACAUGAACCAGGCAGCGAAAAAGAAAACGCACCGAGCCUCAGAGAAUAUCCUGCACCAAAUUUAGUAAAAAAAAGUAUCAAUUUAGAGAAGAGAAAAACAUUCACGAGAAAAAAAAAUUAAAACAUGAUUAUUAUAUUCUGAACGAAAUAGCAACUUAUUGCGGCAUUGUAAACCGACUAUUUUUGCUACCUGUUAACUACGUCACUGAAAAUUCCGACGAAACCGAGCCUAGGACUAGUGCGAUGAUUUUAGUCCGUAUACCAAGAGAAUCGUAUAUGCCGGGAUAUCGGAAGCCGAAAAUAUCCUGCAGUAUCACAAUCACCAGCAGCAGGAAUAGCAGUC